AUGGCUUCAUCGAUACCAUACGCUUUAGAUUUGUGCAAAGAUUUUUUUCGUACUCAUUAUAAAGAUGAUAUAUUGAAUUUAAUGAAAACAAUUGAUAGCACAACAAAAGUGAAAAGUUUACCACUCAAUUAUCAUCGAUUAGUUCAAUAUAACAUUUCACUUGCUGAACUAUUAUUUGGUAGAAUUGCAAAAUAUUUUUUUGAAAAAUUAAAUCAUGCAUUGAAAUUAGUCGUUUUGGAAUUGGCAUCACUGAAUGACAAAGAACAAGAAGAACUUUCAGAUGGUUAUUCUACAAAGUACGAUGGAAUAUUGUUUAAAGUAAAAAUUUAUAAUCUGCCUUGGGGAAAUACCGGUCUUGUACGCUAUAAAAUUCCAAAUAGUCAAGAUCGAGGCAUGUUCAUAUGUUUCUGUGGAACGGUGAUCCGUGUUGGUUCUGUAUUUGUAUUUGAUGCCACUAGAUCAUUCCAAUGUGAAGAAUGUAGAUCAAUUGUAUCGGUGGAAAAAGAAAUAAGUACGCAAAAUGUUGUCAUUAAACCGAAGCAUUGUUCAAUGCCUGAUUGCCAGAGUACUAAGUUUAAACAACUUAAAGAUGCUGAAUCAGCGAAUCGUUAUGAUUAUCGAGAAAUUAAAGUACAAGAAAGUCUACAACGAAUGACAAGCAAUAAUCUACCACGAUCAUUUAGUGUUACAUUGGAACAUGAUCUUGUGGAAAGUUGCAAACCCGGUGAUGAUGUUGCUGUUUAUGGUUUCGUGCAAGAUCGUUGGCAAUCAUCUCAUCCUGGCUCACGUGGUAAUAGUUCAUUGUAUUUGGAAGCCAAUAAUGUUGUUGUUCUCAACGCCCAAUCAACAAAUUUAUCACCGCUCGCUUAUGAGCAAUUUGAAGCAUACUGGGCUAAUAACGUUCGUACUCCAUUAUCAGCACGUAAUAAAAUACUUGCCAGUAUUUGCCCACAACUCUAUGGAUUAUAUCUUAUUAAGCUGGCCAUUGGAUUAGUUUUAGCCGGCGGUGUAGCCUGUUCGGAUCAAGACCAUGGCAUUAGAGUUCGACGACAUUCUCAUUUAUUACUUGUUGGUGAUCCAGGAACUGGUAAAUCGUUAUUUUUGAAAUAUAUUGCAAAAAUGAUGCCACGAGCUGUUUUAACUACUGGCAUCGGUUCGACCAGCGCCGGUUUGACAGCAGUUGCUGUUCGAGAUGGUCCCGAUUGGGUAUUGGAAGCUGGUGCUUUAGUAUUGGCUGAUGAAGGAAUAUGCUGCAUUGAUGAAUUUAAUACAAUGCGUGAGCAUGAUAAAACAUGUAUUUUAGAAGCAAUGGAACAACAAACAUUGAGCAUUGCCAAAGGUGGCAUGUGUAUGAAAUUACAAACACGAUGUUCAAUAGUUGCUGGCUGUAAUCCAAAAGGACUCUAUGAUAAAAAUGAUCCGAUAACAAUUAAUGUUGCAUUAUCUUCACCAUUACUGUCACGUUUUGAUUUAAUAUUGAUGAUGUUAGAUGUGGAAAAUAAAGAUUGGGACAAUGUUGCUGCAACAUAUAUUCUAGAAGGAAUCGAUUUACUUGGUCAUGGUUCAACAUCUAACCCAUGGAGUAUAACAAAAAUGCGCGAUUAUUUUAUCUGUAUUAAACCAUUAGAACCGGAAAUGAGUUCGAAUGCAAGUAUCAUCAUAACAAACUACUACACGUUAGCUCGUAAAGCAGCUGAAGAAACGAACCGACGUGUGACGGUCAGACAAUUAGAAUCGACUGUUCGUUUGGCACAGGCACAUGCCAAAUUGAUGUUUCGAAAGACGGUCGAUGUCAUUGAUGCAAUUAUUGCCGUUGUAUUAAUGGAAGCAAGUCUAAAUGGUUGUGGACAAUUAUUUAAUGGAGAAUUAAAUACAUUACAUACAGCAUUUUCAUCUCAGCCAGAAUUAGAAUAUCAAAAUCUAGUUUCAUUAGUAUUAAAUUGGCUUGGUUUAACUGAAUUACGUGAUCUUGAAUUGAGACGUAUCGAUGAAGAAUAUGAUUUUAUCGAUAAUUGGACAGAAGAUGUUAUUGAUCAACAAAACAAGAGCUGUACAAUUUCUAAAAAGCAAUCGUCAUCAACACCAUCACUGAUAGAUACAUCUCAGUUAAAAAUGAACAGUACAGGUGGAUUCAAAAUGCCAUCAAGUCAUUCAACCUAUAUUUCAUCACCAUCCAAUUUAUUAUCAACCCAAAUAAACCAAUUGAAACAUUUUGAUUUGAUUCGACAAGGUGGAGGUGUUAAAAAAGAUACUCUUCCAUCAAUGAUAUCAUCAACAAUGACCACUACAAUAUCUGCAGACAAAUUAUCUUCUACCACAUCAUUAUCAGAUAACGAUAAAAAUUUUAUAUCAACACCACAUGAUAUCGUAUCGUUGAAAUUAGACUUUCCCAUUAGUCCAAUCGUUGAACAUAAUAUAAUGUCAAAAGUAGUUUCAUCACAGUCAAUCAUUCCUAAAACACGAACGAAUAAAAAUGAUCUUGUUCUACAACAUUCAGUAUCUCCUAGAGAUGAACAAAUAAAUAGUCCUGAACCGAAACGUCAACGAACAACAACCAUUGCACCAGCAACAAAACUAAAAUUAGAUUUUUUUCGAAAAGAAGAAAAAGAAGUUAAAAAUGAAUCGUUUCUAAUACAAAAGGAUGAUAUAAAUACUGAUUCAAUAUCGACAACAUUGGUUCAAUAUGAACAAGAAAAUAUUGAAACAUUAUUAACAGUAGCAGCAGUGCAACCUCAAUUAGACGUUAAAUUAAGUACAAUUGGUGAUUUAAAUGAAGAAGAUUUUGAUUUAAACUUUCUUUGA